AUGAAAUCAUUAAGUGACGACGGCAUCAAUUGGCAUUUUAUUCCUGCUAAAUCACCCCAUUUUGGAGGUAUUUGGGAAGUCGGUAUAAAAUCAUGUAAGUCGCAUCUAAAGCGAAUUUUAGGAAAUGCAUGCCUUACCUUUGAAGAUUUCUAUACAAUUUUAACACAGAUUGAAGCUAUUUUAAAUUCCAUGCCAAUUUCUCCUUUGAGUUCCGAUCCUAAUGAUUUAAAUCCAUUGACUCCUGGCCAUUUCUUAAUUGGCAAAUCCUCAACAUCUAUUCCCGACCCUAAUGUACUUGACAUUCCUGAAAAUAGACUAGGACGCUACCAGCACCUACAGCGUUUGGCACAACAUUUUUGGAAACGCUGGCAUAAGGAAUACAUUUCGGGGUUGCAGAGUAGGCCAAUCAUUAAAAGUCAGAACCAUGGUACUUCUCAGAGAAGAUAA